UUUGACUGUGUGGGUUGGUGACGGAUUCGGUAGUGGGCGGCAGACAAGUUUAUGUAGCAGCUGUACAUUCCUUGUGUAUAUGAAAGAGGACAGGGCACACCAAAACACUACAGAGCUCAACAGGCGCCCAGAAAGGCAUCGGACGAAGGAAAAGGGAAAGGGGUGCACGGGUGCGACUGUCCUGAUUGUGGCUACGAGUGGUCUACUCAACCGCUUUGUUUGCCCUGGUUCGUCUAUUCUGUGUUGUGUACUUAUUUCUCGCUGAUCACCUAGAACGUCGACUCAAAAGCACGAGGACAGGCGGAUGUGACUGAAAACGCUAUAUAUGGGUGCAGAGAUGCUGUGUGACCAAAAAGAAAACGAGGACAGGUUGAUGUGUCCAGGAAACAUAUAAAUGGGUGCAGAGAUGCUGUGUGAGCGGAACGCCUGGGACAAAAAUUGUGGGGCUGGGAUUGGCCAAAUGUGCAUGAGUGAAACACCUAAGCACUUACUGGGAAGACUAUACACGAGGAUAACAAUGAUACCGAACAGCCAGAAUGUAGUGAAGAUGUGCCAUGGAAUGAUCCGUACAGUGGACUGCUGCGAUCAAGACAAGCAGAAGAAAGCACUGAGAAACCGGUACAAUGCCAAUGCUAUAACUGAGCCCCAGGAACAGGCGAAGCGCGUCUGUAUACAGUGCACAUGAGUGGCUGGGACAAAUAAAGUAGCGUCCAAAUGUGUUCAGGACAGGACAGGGUGCGCAUGGUGAGGUGCAGGGCGAAUUAGUGUAGCACAGGCCUUAGUGUCAUGAGGCCGCGCAUGGCAGUAGACAACCAAUUAAAUCACACUUAACAAGCUCGUUCCUCGGCCAUAUUUGGAAAGAUACUUUGCAACAAGC